AUGGUGAGCCACAUGAACCCGCUGGCGUUGAACUCGCCGUUUCGAAUCACGUCUGCCAAUUUGCUGUCCGAGCGCUUGUGCGGCAACUCCGUGGAGAGGAAAGGGCUGCACCCUUCGGUGAAGGUGCCGGACUUCUUGGACAAAUAUGCCCGAAUGCAGGUAGGAGACAAAGUGCUCCUCGCCUACGCCCGCCAGGCUUUGCAGAAAGGCCAGGAGGAUGUCUUUUCCAGACUGCGCUGGGCAGAUCUUCCAGAUCGUCUCGGUGAAGUCAGGCGCCGCGCCUUCGUUGUGGUGAAGCAGACCUCACUUGCAGCGGCUGCUGCUUCGAUGCUCUUCUACUGGCCAAGUGCAGCUGCUGACAAAAGAGAGGUCGCCACGAGCACGCCGUCUUGCAAGCAGCUGCCGGACUCUGCGGCUGCGGGCUCUGGGUCUGCAGCAGUGGGUUCUGCGGGCUCUGGUCCUGCAGUAGUGGGCUCUGUGGGCUCGGUGGGCUUCGGGUCUGCAGCAGGGCUCUCCGCAGCUGGCACCUUCCUGCGGGCGCGCUUUGCUUUCCACUCUGCAUUUAAGCCCUCGAACAGGCGCGGCAGCGCGGCUCCAGCUUUGGCCACCGCCUUGGGUCUGGGAUUUUUGGGCGCGGCGCAACUCCAAAGGAAGGGUGUGGCAGUUGGAGCUGCUUCGGGCGCCGCCUCUGGCUCCGGCGCAACUCCAGAGGAAGGUGUGGCAGUUGGAGCUGCUUCGAGCGCCGCGUCUGAGCAACUCCAGAGGAAGGUGUGUCAGUUAGAGCUGCUUCGGGCGCCGACUCUGGCUCAGGCGCAACUCCAGAGGAAGGGUGUGGCAGUUGGAGCUGCUUCGGGCGCCGCCUCUGGCUCCGGCGCAACUCCAGAGGAAGGUGUGGCAGUUGGAGCUGCUUCGAGCGCCGCGUCUGAGCAACUCCAGAGGAAGGUGUGUCAGUUAGAGCUGCUUCGGGCGCCGACUCUGGCUCAGGCGCAACUCCAGAGGAAGGGUGUGGCAGUUGGAGCUGCUUCGGGCGCCGCCUCUGGCUCCGGCGCAACUCCAGAGGAAGGUGUGGCAGUUGGAGCUGCUUCGAGCGCCGCGUCUGAGCAACUCCAGAGGAAGGUGUGUCAGUUAGAGCUGCUUCGGGCGCCGACUCUGGCUCAGGCGCAACUCCAGAGGAAGGGUGUGGCAGUUGGAGCUGCUUCGGGCGCCGCCUCUGGCUCCGGCGCAACUCCAGAGGAAGGUGUGGCAGUUGGAGCUGCUUCGAGCGCCGCGUCUGAGCAACUCCAGAGGAAGGUGUGUCAGUUAGAGCUGCUUCGGGCGCCGACUCUGGCUCAGGCGCAACUCCAGAGGAAGGGUGUGGCAGUUGGAGCUGCUUCGGGCGCCGCCUCUGGCUCCGGCGCAACUCCAGAGGAAGGGGUGGCAGUUGGAGCUGCUUCGAGCGCCGCGUCUGAGCAACUCCAGAGGAAGGUGUGUCAGUUAGAGCUGCUUCGGGCGCCGACUCUGGCUCAGGCGCAACUCCAGAGGAAGGGUGUGGCAGUUGGAGCUGCUUCGGGCGCCGCCUCUGGCUCCGGCGCAACUCCAGAGGAAGGUGUGGCAGUUGGAGCUGCUUCGAGCGCCGCGUCUGAGCAACUCCAGAGGAAGGUGUGUCAGUUAGAGCUGCUUCGGGCGCCGACUCUGGCUCAGGCGCAACUCCAGAGGAAGGGUGUGGCAGUUGGAGCUGCUUCGGGCGCCGCCUCUGGCUCCGGCGCAACUCCAGAGGAAGGUGUGGCAGUUGGAGCUGCUUCGAGCGCCGCGUCUGAGCAACUCCAGAGGAAGGUGUGUCAGUUAGAGCUGCUUCGGGCGCCGACUCUGGCUCAGGCGCAACUCCAGAGGAAGGGUGUGGCAGUUGGAGCUGCUUCGGGCGCCACUUUAGGCUAG